UUUGUUUCUGUAUUUUCCGCUGCAUAUUCUUGAAGAAACAAGCAGCGCCGAGCACCGAGCGAACGCGACGAGCUAUUCACCCCCCCCUCUAGCUACUUUUGGUCCUAACAGCAACAUCUAGGCUGAAGGAACCAAAUCCUCAAGCAAGAUCAUUGGAAGAGUCGCAUCUAGAUUAGCAACUCCAUCUUCAUAUCCUUUUGCCACUUCUGCCUUGAUGCAAAGAUAAGAUUGCUCUUUUAUGAUCUGGGAUUCAUGGUUUCAUUCAUGCAACAGAGAUUUCUACUACAAUUAUCUCCAUAAGUCAUAUUUUCAUAAAAUUGAAUAAGCAAUCACUUGAUUGUAGACUUAACUUUGUUAUACGCAAAAGAGAAUUGCAAACACAAAUGCUGCAAAUCCUACAUCCAAAAUUCCAAAGCUCGUGCCUGCAAAGUCACAUACUGCUUCUAUUCCAAUGACCUCUAGGGAUGCCAUCCCUUCUGUGAGGAACUUUAAUUCCAAUACAAGUGUCAAUGCAGUUAACAUGGAGGAGCGUACCCUUCAAAUGAGGUGUUUUCAAUCAAACACCAGAAAACAAUCUGCCUGUUCUCUAUCAAUGAAACCUUCUGCAAUUGAUUGUUCUAGACCGUUGGUUCCACGAAUAAAUAAAGGUGCAACUGAAAGUUCAUCAAUUUCUAAAGUGGUGAAGGGAACAGCCAUUUCUUCUAUCUCUGCUAAUGGAUCUUCAUCACUUCCUAAAAAAGUUUAUGGAGAUGCUGUUUUACAUGCAAAACUAUCUGGGUUGCGGAUGCCUUCUCCAUCACUAGGAUUUUUUCAGAAGGGAAAGGUUCCUCGAUCUGGUAGCCAAUCUCAAAGAACUGUUCAUCCGUUCAGACCUACUAUUCCACAUGGAAAAACAAUGAACGUAACAUCAGUGGAUGGAUUGAAGAUUUUGCCUGCAUCUGCUAAGGAAAAAUCAAUUAAUGGUUCUGUUGCCCCAAGAUCUUUUGCUGGAACUACAAUAGCAAGCAAAAUGGAGAAUUCUUUCGCAACUAGCUCUUUACUCACAUCUAAUGGAAAUGCACUGCAUCCAUCAAGGAGAGAGAACAUUUCAACAGCUAAGGUGGAUAUAGUUAAGGAAGUGGCUUAUGCAAGCAACACAAUUCUUGAUGACAACCCUUUGGUUGAUGGAGCCAAAAUAGCCAAGGCAGGCUCUCUUGGGGUACUAAAUGAAACUCAGAUAGAUGAACGUCUUUCCACAGAAGAUAACAAGGCCAAACAAUCAUCACCAGCAUAUGCACAAUUUGUUACAGAUGCCAUUUCAGGAGAGGAUGAACUGGCAGCUGGGAAUUUACACAUAAAUCAAGAUCCAGAGCUUGUCCUCUCAGAUAGAGUAGUUGAUUUUCCUUCUUUGUCAGCUACUAGAGCAUCUUUGACUUUGUCUAAAUCUAGCAGUUCUGAAGCAGAUGGUUCUUUAGCUCUAGAUACAGGCAAUGAACAUGAAAGCAGAUCGUAUUUGAGAUCCAGCACUGUGCCUGACUCUGAUUGUGAUAUGAUUAGCAAUUCAGAAAUGCUUGAUUCUCCGUCUCAAAAGCCUGACAUGCCUGCUGAAACAGAAAAUUGUGGUACAAAUUAUUCAUCUUUUAGAUUGACUAGUACUUCGGAGGAUUCUCUAACUUCACCUUCAGCGAGCUGUGAAGUUCAAGAUCAUAAUAUUGAGUGUGUUAAUGAGGAUCAUAUCAACUCAAAAGAAGUGGAAUCCUUGUUGCAAAAUGGCAGUGAAAAUGAACAGAAGGAUAAAGGGAAGCAAGAUAUCUGCCAUCUGAAACUGAAUGCAGUCCCAUUUAGUGAGGAGUGGUUAGCUGAAAUUGAGACAUUUGGGGAGGAUAUAUUAGAGUUGAAGACAGGUCCCGUACAAAAUUCUCCACCUGACAAGACUCUUUCUGAACCAGGCCCAUGGUCACCGGUGAAACGCAAAACUCAAGAAGUAGGACCAUUUGCCUGCACAAAACACUCAGCAAACUUCUCACACUCAGAACCCAUCUCAUAGAAGCAACUGCAUCUUGUCGCAUCAACAGAGUUCUUGGUGAAACCCAACUCACAUAAUUUACAGUAGGAUUAAUCCCUUUUCUGAUGUUCGACAAGUCGUAAAACUGUCAUUCCCAUUUCAUUUAUUUGUAAGGCUUAUUUCAAAACCCACAAUCUCUACAGCACCUCCAAUAAAAAUGGCAGUGCCACGGUUCUAAUU